UUUACAAUGGCAAAUGUAGCUGCCAUGAUCAAAUAGUUAAUGUUUACAUUAUUUUACUUGCUGUUUACAUUUACAUAAUUUCCAUUUAACAUUUAUGGUUUUGUCUAAUUAUUUUUGAAGGUUUACUAUUAAAUGCAGUGCUUCUGCAACGUAAUUUCCGAAAAAUGCUUUCGCUUAAAGCGGGAAAGUAGAUACUGCAUUUGUACUGUAAGGAAAAUGGCGGUGCAAGUUUUCCGAGCUACGUCCAGGAGGCCGUUGAUCCCGGGCUUGACUGCAAAACACUGCUGGAUCUGGGACUUGGCGUAGUUCUUCUCCGGGUGCGCGCUCUCGUUGAUGACCUCCAGGAUCUUGUCCAGGAUCAGCUGGAAGCGGUCGUCCACCAGGGCCUGGCCGCGCGAGCAACCAGGUCAGCUCAAGCACUGCAUGCAGUACAGAAGUAUUGAAAGUCGUCACCAUGUCGCGUGCGGUAGUGUGUUUCGGAUUGGCUCCCGCGGUGCUCCGAUCCCCAUCCAUGGAGUAAAUCUUCCGGAUCGUACCCACUUUUGUGUGGGUUCCAUGUCCCGAGCGGGAAUCGUACUCCAGCCCGAGGACCACCCCUGCUCUCCGCCUGUGCCACCCCGGUGCUUGCGUCGUGUACUGGCCGGCAGCAUGAGUAGACAAUACAUUUGAAAUGUAACAUUUAUUAUCUCCAAAAACCUUUAAAAAAAAAAGCACAUAAUCAACAGAUUACCACAGUGCGAAGACCUUUCAUAAUGGACCUUUUAGGAUCUUGAGAAAUUAGAAAAAUAGACAAAUAUAUUUUUGUAAUAUUAUACAGUAAUAGCCUUGACUUAAUUUAGUAUCAUGAAAAAUUGCUUAAUGUAUUUUCACAACUAACAAGCCGGCCUGAGAAAAAUUAUUAUGUAAAAUUGAUAAAAUUAUAAUUCUGUUCUGUAAAAAUGAAUUGUCGACUGUUACAAAUUUGGCAUCCAUAAAUGGUGAUUGCCUAAUUCUUACCAUGACUGAAAGUAACCUGUUUAUUUUAUUUAUCUGAUAUAUCUUUGUACGCUUGAAUAUGGUGACAACGAAACUAGCCAGUAAAUUAGAACCAGAUAUCCAGUGUUUUAUUGAGUUUGCCUUUGUCGAUCCACACUUACACUCGACUUGAGCGGUGUGUAUACUAAAUUUACGUGCUCCUUCAGAUCUCCUCCUCUGGAUAAGUAACUGUUCUGCUGAGCACGUUCCAAGCCUCUCCGAUUUGGUCGCAUUGUUCAUAUUUAUAAAAGGCGAUCGAAGGUCUGUUACAUGUUUUAGACCAAAUGCAGCAUGUCUACAUGCACAUGACCACCUGCUUGACGGACACGAGGAGGCGGCACCGCGCCGGCUCCAGCGUGGUCCUCAGGGCGGGCAGCAGCUCCAGGCUGGUCUUCAGCAGCAUCACGUACUUGAGCUGCGUCUCGGACGCCCGGGCGCUCUCCUGCUGGGGCGAGUGCAGGCUCAGCCCCAGCAGCUUCUCCACGUCCGCCAGCCUCGGCAUCACCACCUGCCGCCAGGGCGCGGAGGAGCUCGGGGCUGUCGACCAGCUCCUGCACGCAGUCCAGGCGCUGCUGGAGGGUCUCGUGCAGGCACGGCGGCUGCAGCAGGCUGGCCCGCAGCGCGCGCGACCCCCCGCCCGUGCAGCAGCGGUCCAGCACGCCCAGCAGGCUGUGGCGCGCCUCCUUGCCGCGCUGGCUGCGCACCAGCUCCAGGCGGCGCGCCGUCCCCACGUCUGCACACCACCUGCUCUUACAGUCUCGCGACCAAUGGCGACGAUUUUAUCUGUUUGUCGUUUAUCGUGCCGGGCAGAAAAGUGUUCGUUCAAAUGAAUAUUUAUAGAAUAUUUUAAAAAUUAUAGCGAGAAAAUUCGUACUAGUGAAAUUUUUUUACGUUAUGUUAUAUGACGCCUGACGGGACCAAAGACAUAGUUCGUAGUAAUGAAUUGUUCGCUCUAAUGAAGUUCGUAAAAAUGGUGUUUACUGUCUUUUGAAUAAUCAAAUAGUUGUUUUAUUAAGUUAUCUCCUUGACAAUAAGACAAAGAAGUAUGAAUAGUAUAGAGAAACAAGUUUCAAAAAGGAAAUCUAUCUUCAUGUAACUUAACUAAUGAGGCCACUUGUGGCGGCCUCAGUCGUCUUGGAUAUUAUUAUUAUUAUUUUUAUUUUGCGUAAAGUUUAUUCUAAGAUGAUUUAAUUUUUUAUAACACUAUUUAUGUCCUUAUAUUAUUUAAUGGUGUAUUUUAAUAUUUAUUUAUUGUAACUUUUUAAUAGUAUACUUGGUUUAUUUUACGUUAAGUACCUACUCUUACUCUGUAGUGGGACGUACGAGAAGUAACGAGAACGAUCUUGCGGAGUGAGGGGUGGUAGCAGAGGAGGGGGGUGACGUCAGCUGACGUGACGAGUGGGAGGCGGCUGCCAGCUGUUUUGCGAGGAGUGUGUUUUUGACCACCGGCCGCGGAACUGUUCGUGAAUGAGGAAUCGCAUCCCAGCCAUGGGGAAGUUGUGUUAUGUUACGUGAACAAGAAUUAAUGGGAAUAUGACGGUAAUGCCAUGGCACGUUUGGCGAAGCGAAAAACGUGGUGGUACACGAGCGCUGCUAGAAGCGCAAAUAGUGAGUGGGGUUUACGCCCGACCCCGGGAGUCUCCGGCUUCAGAGGUAUGCUUCAGUACCAAGUAAGUGUGAGAACUGGAUUUUAGUACUUUAUUUUCCCGGCUGGUACGAUUUACAGAAGAUGUGUAUUGAAAACAGAGUGUGGCGACGGGAUUUAGUGGUUGGAUUAUAUAGACUAAAGAACGUCAUAAUUUCCGUUCCUCCCCCCUCCUCCGUAAUAGACUUUUUUGGGACUUUGGAUUAGAAUUAAUUAUACUGCAAGAGGGUCUGUAAACCAAUGUCGUUACACUGUGAAUGUAAUUAUACCAAUUUAAAUGAUA